AUGUCUCUCAAAGGAAAAGUCGUUCUUGUCACAGGCAGCACCAAGGGCAUCGGCAAGGCCGUUAUUGAACGCGUCGCCGCCGAUGGCGCCAGUGUCGUUAUAAAUUAUUCCGGCGACGGCGCGCCAGCAGAUGAGAUGGUCAACAAGAUUGGAUCUGAUAGAGCGCUGGCCAUAAAAGCCGACGUGUCCAGUAUCCUCGAGAUUGAGAAGCUCAUCCAGGCAACGGUGGACAAGUUUGGCAGAAUUGACUGUGUCAUGGCCAACGCUGCUUGUGCCCCCAUGAACGAUCUCGAAAGCACGACAGAAGAAGCCUUCGACAAGUCUUUUAUGCUCAAUGUUAAAGGACCCUACUUCUUAGUUCAAAAAGCUGUCCCUCACAUGCCACGCGACGGCCGCGUUAUUCUCGUCUCAACCGGCAUCCUGCACAACUCUAAUGUCAUGCCGCGCUACCUCCUCUACGCAGCCUCCAAGGGACCCAUCGAGCAGAUGACCCGCGUUAUGGCCAAGGAACUCGGAGCCAAACAUGGCAUCACCGUGAAUUGCAUUGCUCCUGGUCCUACUGCGACGGAAAUGUUCUUUCAGGGCAAGUCGCAGGAGAUGGUUGAUACGAUCGCUGGGUUUAGUCCGCUCAACAGGUUGGGAACGCCGCAGGAGAUCGCGGAGGUGGCUGCCUUUUUGGCAGGACCGGGAAGUUCGUGGGUAUCUGGUCAGGUCAUUGGGGCUAAUGGAGGGUCUUUUGUUUGA